UAUAAUGGGUUACACAAAAUUAUUUUCGAGUAUAAAUUUGUGGAGGGUAAAUUUUGGUAGAUUAUUUAGGUAUUGUAGUAGUGUAGGUCCUACUAGUGAAUGUAAUACUGCAGCUGAAAAAAAAUCAAAGAAUGAAGCACAGGACACGAACACUGAAGGAAAUAAGAGUGGUUUGGUUAUCGGGGUGUACGAAGACAAAGAUAAGUUCGAGCUGACACCCGUCGCUGAAGAAAUCAACCAGAGAAGUGGUGGCAAGAUAUGCGGAUAUUUAAACGAACUGUCGUGUCAACUAAAGUUGGGUAAGGCAUUCGUUGUGACCGACGUGGUGCCGGAGUUCGGUCCUGUUGCCAUUUCUUCUCUGGGCAAGAAGGACCCGGGAUACAACAAACUGGAAGAGUUAGAUGAGACUCGGGAGAACGUGAGGGUGAUGGUGGGCGCGGGCGUGCGUGCGCUGUGCGAGCGCGGCUGUGCGCGCGUGUCGGUGUGUGCGGCCGGCGCACCGCACGCCGCCGCAGAGGCUGCGCAUCUGGCUGCCUGGCGAUUCGAAGAGUUCAAAUCCAGUACUGAUCGACAUCAAGAGGUUCAAUUGUCUCUUCACGGUUCCGAGGGACAAGAGGAAUGGGACACUGGUGUAGUGUACGGGCAGUCACAAAACUGGGCUAGAUAUCUGACCGAUAUGCCGCCUAAUAAAAUGACUCCAGUUGAUUUCGCCCAGGUGGCACUGGAUACUCUAUGUCCGCUGGGUGUGCACGUGACUGCGCACGAACGUUCGUGGCUGGAGGCGCAGCGUAUGCGCGGCGUGCUGGCGGUGGCGGCGGGCUCGUGCGAGGCGCCACUGCUGCUGGAGUGCACGUGGCGCGGAGCCGACAACCCGCCCGUGCUGCUCGCCGCAGACGGUCUUACCUUCGACUGUGGCGGUUUAUGUCUGCGCUCUGCACGCGACAUGCACGGCGCACGCAGCGUGGCUGGCGCGGCCGUCGUACUCGCCGUGAUGCGGACACUCGCGAUCCUCAAGGUGCCGUUACAUGUGCGCGCGGUGAUCCCGCUGUGCGAGCAACUUGUGAGCGGACACUGCCUCAAGCCGGGAGACGUACUGCCCGCGCUCAACGGCUUACACAUGCAGGUGGAAGACACAGAUCUUGAAAGUCAGUUGUUGCUGGCCGACGCACUGGUAUACGGACAGGCUAUGUACAAACCUGCGCUCGUAAUUGACGUCGCCUCUCUCGCACCGGUGGGCGCGUCGUGCGCGUGCGCGUGCGUGUUCACGAACAGCGAGCACGUGUGCCGCGGCGCGCGGGACGCAGGUGCGCGCACGGGCGACCGCCUGUGGCGCCUGCCGCUGUGGGACUACUACCGCAGACAAGUGCGAGAUGAUCCAUCUGUUGACUUGCGGAACAAAGGCUCAGGGACAGCUACUAUUUGUAAGGGAGCAGCUUUCUUAAAGCACUUCGUGUGCGGCGAGUGGCUGCACGUGGACACGUCGGGCGUCCGAGCGGGGGGCGCCGUGUAUCUGCGACCCGGACGCGCUGCCGGCCGACCCGCGCGCACUAUAGCCGCGUUCCUGGCCGACACCGCGCUCGCCGACAAGCACACCGAUUCACACGCCGACAAACACGCUGACUCACCGCGGGAUUCGUGACGUAGCCGGAACGACUAAGCUGUCUAGACGAGUGCACCCCGAGAUUAUUGUACUGUUUACCUAAAUUUCCGGUAUUGUCUGUAUCGGUUUGCGAAUGAUCAUAGUAAUUCAUAAUUAUUAGAAUGCAAAUUAAUGAUAGAUCGGCCAAAAUUAUUGCUAAUAAAAUAAUCAGCAGCAUUUCUUUUGCCAUCAUCUACUAGACAAAAAACAUUGCACCUUCAUACUUAUAUGUCGAGGGAAAUCUGAAAUUUGUAUAUGUACAAGAAUCAUGUUAAUUGAUCACUGCGGAAUCAAAAAUUCUAUUCAAAACAUUUAUUAUCUGAUAUAGAUAUCUAUAAAUAGAUUCAAAUAUUUUCUAUUUGGUUGUUUCAUAGUAAAUGUAAAUCAUUUUGUAAAGUAUUCAUUU